AUGGCAGGUGUGUUAUACACUGGUGGGUCUCUCAACCCAGCACGUUCGUUCGGUCCCGAUGUUGCUACCAGAACGUUUGACGGCUACCAUUGGAUCUACUGGGUGGGACCACUCCUCGGCUCUCUUCUCGCCGUCUUGCUUUACCGUCUUCUCAAGAUGCUCGAGUACGAGACUGCCAACCCCGACGCAGAUGGUGAUGGUCGUCACAUAGAUGUGUACGACCAUAGAAGCUCUUCCGGUCAGUACGAGGAACCCGUCACAACGACCCGUGGUGCUGGCGCUACUGACGGCACGACCGACUCCAUGGACUUCGCAUCUCAAAUUCGUGGUGCAAAGCACGGGCCCAAGCACAACGCUGCCUUCACCCACAACCAGACAGACUCUGUUGCCAUGGCAGAGCCUAUGCCAGCCUUCCACCAGGGCCAUGAUGGCCAUCGCUCUCAGUCCGCUCUCAACUCACCGAUUCGCCAGCACCACGAGGCCGUAUCUGAAUGCAGCUAUCACAGUGGUCCCAGCGCAGAGACUGGUUCAUCGUAG